UGGGAGUAGUGCAGUCUAUAUAACGGCAGAAGAAAGCCACCUGGUCUCAGUUGCAACAUGGCAUUCACAGCUUCCGAUAUUUGCAAGGUAUUUUACUUUCCUUUUUCUACAAAUUGUGCCAUCGUUUUUCCUCCUUUAGGUGUAUUCUUGGAACGGGGGUGUACAGCCGACCUGCUCAUUAAUUGCCUGCUAACUCUUCUUGGUAAGCCCGUCGCAUAUCACUCAAUUUUAGUCCGCCUAUAACCGCCUGCUCUCCCUCCUUCUCAGGAU